AUGAGGUCCCAUCUGCUCCCAGGGCUGGCCCUCUGCCUCCUGACCUUGCUCCUGACAGAGGCCAAGCCUGUGCAGGAGCCUGGUGAUCCCUACGCCGAGCUGCCGGCCAUGCCUUAUUGGCCCUUCUCCACCUCUGACUUCUGGAACUAUGUCCAGUACCUCCAAUCCAUGGGAGCGUACCCCCAGAUCGAGGACUUGGCCCGCACCUUCUUCGCACACUUCCCCCUGGGCACCACCUUGGGCUUCCAUGUCCCCUACCAGGACGACUGA